AUGUCUAACAAUCAACAAACAUCAUCAACCCAUAAAAAACCCCAUAAUCAAACUUCUGCAUCGUCAUCCUCUUCUUCCUAUGCAAGUAAUACAGGUGGAUAUAAUAAAUCUACUUCUCAUACUUCUGGGGAAGGCCGAGGUGGAUAUAGAGGUCAAAGAAGCGGAAGCUAUAUCGGUAAGCCUGCAUCAAAUGACGUAGGCUCGAGCAACACCUCCUAUGGAGGAGGAGGAAGAGGUGGCGGAAGCCAAUAUCAGAAAGGAGGAGGCCAAGGUAGUAGAGGAGGAAGAGGCAGAGGAGGAGCAUCAUUUCAUCAUCAUCAUCGUCCUCCAACUUCUGAAGGCUCUGCCCAUCAUACACAUUCAAACAUCAGCACUACUACAAUGGCGAAUCCAACAGAUGUUGCUUCAUCAAAUAUUAUCACCUCCAAUAAUAAUAAUAUUCCAUCAACAACAACAAGUGUUCCAUCUACUCAUCAGCAACAACCACAUCAUCACCACCACCCUCCUCACCAUCAUCAGCAACAACAAUUACCCUCGAUAUCGAAUGUUGAUUUAGCAGCAACCAUUGGAAGAACAUCGAGUGCUCCUCCUGCAACAGGUGAUCACAAUACCACAACUCAGCACCCAACGAGAAUUCCUGAGCACAAGGCACACAAGUUGCAUCCACCUCCUGCAUCUCAUGUUUACGCUAAUCCUCCUGUCAUGAUGGUUCCAUCAUAUGGGUACCCAUAUAGCCCUUAUCCUCAAUACUACCCCCAACAGCGUCCAUCUGGUUCUGUCGAAAUUGUAAAGCCACAAAGUUCAAAGAUUACUAUAGUAGAUCCAAACUCAGGCUCUGUGGUUGACCUCAAAGAGGAAAAAACUACUCCUUCCGACAAUACUAGCUCCUCAACAACAGCAACUACUACAUCAACAACAAGCGUUGACACAUCCAAGCAACAACCUCCAUCAUCAGUAUCGAAGAAUGAAAUUACGAAACCGGAGGAACCAACUAGCGUAGAAACGACAAGCAAAAAAGAGGAGACAGUAGAACAAACACCUGUUCAACCUGAGUCUAAAAAACCUGAGGAAGAAGAGCUGGAAAACAAACCCGAAACAACAACAACACCACACGAUAAUGUUGAAAGCGCAGAAAACAGAGCUGAACAAGUAUCUGACCAAAAGGUAUCGGAACCAUUAACUCCCAUGUCUGAGUAUAGUGAGCAAACACCAACUGCAGAAGAAUCGUCUGCCACUUUUGAAAGUUCUCAAGACAAAAUUGACGAGGAUAAGGUCGUGAAGGAGAAUCCAAACGAAAUUGAAGGUUUCGAGGACUCAGAAGAAGAACCUGAGGAUGAAUCUGACAAAACCAAGAUUUAUUCAAGAGAACAACUUCUUCGUUUCAAGGACAGCUGUACUGAACCUCCUGAAAAGUUGAAAUCUCUCGAGAUUUUCCAAAGUUUGAAGUCCACAGGCACAACAAGCAGAGGCGGUGGCAGAGGAGGUGCUCUCACUACUCGCCCAUUUAGUACUCCUAGAGGUACAAGUAGAGGAGGAGCGACCAUACAGAGAGGAGCAUCUGGUGCAGCAAGAGGUGGUGGAAGAGGAGGUAAAGAUUUGAAACAAUCCACAAAGAAGGCUCCUGAAAAGCUUCAAAAAUCUCAAAAUGCUUUGAAGCUAACAAAGGAAAAAUCAAAGGAGGAGAUGAUCGUUGAUGAAGUUAAAUUCAUUCUUAACAGAUUGACACCAGAGAAUUAUGAAAAACUGAAAGUUGAGUUUUUGGGAGCAUGUACAAGCAUGCCUGGUGAUGAAGGCGUUUUGAAUGCUAUAAUUGACCAAAUUUUCAGCUAUGCAAUCAAUCUUCAAAACUUUUCUGCUCUUUAUGCAAGACUUUGCGCUGAUUUGAGCUCUGAACUCAAGUCGAAGAUUGGUGAAGAAAACACUAAGCAAUUCAAGAGAUUGCUACUUAACAAGUGCCAACGAGAAUUUGAGAAAGAAAAGGAAGAAGAGCUUAAAAACGCUUCAGAAAAGUUAUCUCCAGAGGAGCUAGAGGAAAAAGAAUUUUUACUGAGAAAGAAGAAGGUCGGAAACAUGAUCUUCAUCGGAGAGCUUUAUUUACAAGAAAUGCUCAGUGAAAAAAUUAUGCAUGAAGUCAUCAAGAGACUUUUGAUUAACCCCAUCCCUUAUCCUUCAUCUGACGACAUUGAACUUUUAUGUAAAUUGCUGACAACAAUCGGCAAGAAGUUAGAUCAUGAAAAGUCGAAGAAAUAUGUCAAUUUUUAUUUUGCAAGAAUGGAAACACUAUCACAAGAACCAACUAUAGCUUCAAGACUUAGAUUUAUGCUGAAGGACGUUAUUGAAAUGAGAACUAAUAAUUGGGUGGCAAGAAUUGAAAAAACAAAGGCAACAAAGACAAGACAAGAGGCAAGAGAAGAAGCUGUUAAGCAACAAAUGGAUCAAAUCAAAAAACUUGAAAAACAUCACCACCUAAGGAAGCCAAAUAACAAGACAAAGACAUCCUAUGUUACCAAGCAAUCUGGAGCCCUUCAAGCUGAGAGAUAUAGAAAGAUGGAUUCCAAGAAGACUCUUGCACCUGGAGGUGGUAUUGUUAAACAAGCUCAAACAUCUACUCAAGGUAAGACCGAUGCAAACACGUUUGCACUACUUGAAGAAGAGGAAAAGGAAGAAGAAAUCAUUGAAGAAGAGCCUGUAGAAGAUUCUCAACAAGUUGCAUCAGCUGAAGAGGAAGAAGAAACUGAAGAACAAAUUAAGACAAUUACCGAAAGAACAAAGACGAUAAUGUCAUGCUAUUUCGAGGAAGGAGAGAUUGACGAAACAUUAGAGUCAAUAGAAAAAGACAACUUGCACAAAACUAAAUACUUUAUCCGUGGUGUUGCAUUGGCUGCAUGCGAAAACAGCAGAGAAAAUGAAAUUAACGACGCUGUCAAAUUGUUGAAGAAGCUCAAAGAAGGCCCCGUAGCCGUGGAUAUAGACACUUUGGUUGACGGAUUCAUUAGAUACUUUACACUCCUCGUCGAAGAAGAAAUAUAUAUUGAUAUUCCAGAAAUUUUCCAACAUAGCGGCAAAUUUUUGGGAAGGCUCAUUUUUGAAAAGGCUCUGUCAUUUGAUGGUUUUUAUGACAUAUUAAUGACUGUGGUGCUCGAUGAAGAAAGUCCUUUGCAAGAGUCAUAUGCCUUGGAGAUACUUCAAAACUUAUAUGAAACCGUCUGCUCUGAAUGUGAAUAUAACGAUGCUUUGAAGAAGCCAAUACAAACUUAUCAAGAAGAGCUUGUCGAUCACUUAUUUUUGGCAGAGAUUGAGGAUGGAAAGCAUCUUUUGAACAAUGCUAUGGAUUUGAUGAGCAUAUUCAAUCCUACCGGAGAAACAUAUGCAAAAUUCUGCUCAUUUAUCGAAGACAAAGGUUACGGAUGCUUUGAGCCAUCCAUUUAUUACAACAAAUGUGUUAACGAAAAGGAAAAGUCUCAACUAACCGACUUUAUUGCAGUUCUAUCAGACGAACAAAUACUAUCAGGAAUUUUGCAUGCAAAAUGUAAUGAGGACCCUGUUGCAAACGUUGAAGAGUUUAGAGAAAUUUUGUUAGAGGAAGUGCGAGAAAAGUUAGAGGAGGACUAUGAACGUUCAUUGAUUGGUAUUGCCCAACAUGCAUGCUGUACACGUGCAAAGUUUGACAAGUUAAAACCUCUACUGAAUUUAUUUGUGGAAAUGAAGCUUUUGAAUGAAUCUGUUGUUUCGCGAUAUUAUGAAGGAGAAUUGACAGUUGAUCAUCCAGGGUAUGAGCAAGUGAAACCUUUUUUGCAAUAA